AUGCCUUCCGUUGAACCACCGAACAUGGCGACACAUCUACUUACGGCCCUACUGCCACCAGAGCUCGCCGACUCCGUCCAGAAACACAUUCUCCACCCUAGCUCACCAGUCCAGAUCGUCGCGCGCAACGUCCUCGCCCAAGCGCAGAAUCUUCUUGAUACCGUUGCGCCUAUCCUUGAACCCAUAUUCGAUCGCGUUAUGAUUCUACUCGCGGAGAACCAAGGCCUCGUUGGUGUUAUUGCGUCGCUGGUAGUACUUGCCACCGUUGUUAUCAUCCUCAACUGGAUUCGUCGUCUGCUUAUGUGGUGGACACGCAUGGCGAUGCGCAUUGUGACGUGGGCUUUCUUGUUUGCGAUAGCAGCUUGGAUCUACGAGCGCGGAGUUUUCGAAAGCGCUAGGGAUAUGACCGUCAUGGGCGCUAAGAUCGUGGGAUAUCUGACUGUCAUCAAAGACGUCUGGCUGCAAGAGUAUGACCGCUACGAGGCACAGCAGGGCAUGGCUGGAACAAGAGGACAUGCCUCUGGAAGAUCCAGAUAA